AUGGCAGCGGAUAAUAACAAUAGCACUGGCUUGAAAUAUAUCAUCAAAAAAAAACAAAAGGCUAAGAGAAAUGUACAUCCAUUCCAGAGAGAUACGAAGACCAAAAAAGUCAGCAAAGUCAUAAGAUUUGACGAUUCAGACAAGGACCAUCUUGUUUCAGUCGAGCGUUUGAAAGGAGAAAAUUCCCUCACUUAUAAAUCCUUGAAAAAUCGGGCAAGCGAUUUACUCAAAGUGAGGAAGGCGUUACCAGUUUAUCACCACAAACGUGAAAUAAUGUCAUACAUAGAAAGCAAUCCUGUCACCGUGCUUAUCGGUGAGACAGGUUCUGGUAAAUCGACCCAAAUCCCACAGUUCAUAUUGGAACAGUUAUACGAUAAAAAGAAGCAUGGGUCAAUUGCUGUGACUCAACCUCGUCGUGUCGCUGCCAUUAAUUUGGCUACACGUGUUUCUCAAGAGCAUGGUUGUAAAUUGGGUGACCAAGUGGGUUAUUCCGUUAGAUUCGACAACACUACUACUGCAAAGACAAGGCUUAAGUAUCUAACUGAUGGUAUGUUACUUAGAGAGCUCAUGAUGAAUAGAGACCUCAAAGAAUACAAUGUUGUCAUCAUCGAUGAAGCACAUGAGAGAACCGUGCUAACAGAUCUAAUACUGGGGUUUUUGAAAUCCUUAAUAAAAGGAUCAAGACCAGAUUUAAGAAUUAUUGUAAUGUCUGCAACAUUGCAAGCCGAAAAAUUUAGUGAGUUCUUCAACAAUGCCCCAAUUUUGUUUGUAGAAGGAAGAAAAUUUGAUGUCACGCAAUACUACCUGAAGGCGCCAACAGACGAUAUAGUGGACGCUGUCAUUAGGUGUUGUAUACAAAUAAACCAAGGUGAACAACUAGGAGAUAUUUUAUGCUUUCUACCAGGCCAAGAAGAGAUUGACAAAGCAGUAACUAUUAUGGAGAAAAUUGCGAAGUAUGUUUCAGAUGAAACACCGGUACCGCUAAUAGUUCCUUAUCCUUUAUAUGCUGCGCUACCACCUAUGCAACAAGUUUUGGUUUUCGCACCAAUAAAGGGUUUCAAGAGAAAAGUCAUUUUCAGUACGAAUAUUGCGGAAACAUCUGUUACCAUAUCUGGCGUGAAAUUUGUCGUUGAUUCAGGUCUCCGAAAAGUUAAGGUUUGGCGACAUCAGUUGGGGUUGGCCACUUUACUUACUGUACCCAUUUCUCAGGCAAGUGCUAUGCAGAGAAGCGGUCGUGCUGGUAGAGAAAGUGAGGGCAAAAGUUUCAGGCUUUAUUGUGAAUCGGAUUACUUGAAGUUGCCCGAACAGAGUGAGCCUGAGAUAGCCAGGAGCGACGUUACAUCACCCGUCCUAAUGUUAAAAAGAUAUGGUAUCAAUGACUUGGUGAAUUGGUCCUGGUUUGAGAACCCUGGUAAAGAGGCAAUAGUCAUGGGCCUUCAAGAACUUUAUGAAUUAGGAGCCCUUGACACGCGCGGAAAGAUAACGAAACGAGGUGAACAAAUGGCCCUAUUACCGUUACAGCCACAUUUAAGUAGUGUUUUGAUUAAAGCCAGUGAGAUUGGCUGCUUGAGUCAAGUCAUUGAUAUUGUUUCUUGCCUCAGUGUGGAUAAUUUAUUGUUAAACCCGUCUCCAGAGGAAAGAGACGAGGUGAACGAGCGCCGUCUGUCCUUAUGCAAUGCUGGUAAAAGGUAUGGCGAUCUUAUCAUGUUAAAGGAGCUUUUUGACAUUUAUUUCUAUGAAUUGGGGAAAGGCCAAGAUUCAAACUCUGAAAGGAACGAUUGGUGCAAAGGGUUAUGUAUUUCAUCGCGUGGGUUUAAAAAUGUUAUUCGCGUCAGAGAUCAGUUAAGAGUUUACUGUAAGCGUCUAUUUUCUUCCAUUGAUGAGGAAAAUGAAGAGGUCAGAAAGAUUGGCGAAGAUAGAGAUGAAAUUUCCAAGAUUUUGAAGUGCUUUUUGACCGGGUUUAUCAACAACACCGCUAUAGGGAUGCCAGACAGGUCUUAUAGAACUGUUUCCACCGGAGAACCAAUAAGCGUUCAUCCGUCAUCUAUGCUAUUCCUGAACAAAAGUUGUCCCGGUAUAAUGUAUACGGAAUACGUCUUUACCACCAAAGGGUAUGCUAGAAAUGUUAGUAGAAUUGAACUUUCAUGGCUGCAAGAAAUCGUGACUAGUGGAACUGCUGUUGCAAAGCAAAAAAUUGCCAGUUCAAAGUAG